CAGGCCGCGAUGAGGAGCAGCGCAGCGGCGGCGAAACCGAUUCGUCUGUGGUCGUUGCCCGUCGUCGGCAGUUCGGCACAUCAGUAUACGUGCCGGACCGGUUGCCGAGCGGGUCGUUUUCGCGCGCGUUCUYGAGUUUUUGUGUUUUACGUGCGCGUUUCGACGAGGAUUUUUCGUUUUCAUUAUUUCCCCCGAUAAUUGAUUCAAUUGUCUCGGUGGUUAGUGCGUUUUUUUUUCGACGUCGGUUAUAAUAAUAAUAAUAUCGUCCAUUCGCGAGAAUACCGCAGGUGGGCGAGGUUUCCCRCGAAGUUAUCAUCCGAUAUAGAGCAUAAUAAAUAAUUUAUUGUUGAAACUUCGUACAGUCCCACGAACUUCUGAAACAACAAUAAUGGGUCCUACGGUAGCGGCGACUACUACUCCGUUGGCGGAAUCGUCGGACGGCGACCACAGUGCCAAAAAAAAAGGCAUACGGCGGCUGUUGACGCCCGCCAUAUUCACGGGCGGCGAUCAUAAGAACAAGCAGACCGCGGUAGCGGCCGUGGACGUCGCUAACGGGUCCGCUGUCCACAAUCACCAACUCCGUCAACCCACCAACAACAGACCGCCCAGCACCAACAACCACAAGACCAUUAUCGAGACGGCAUUCGUCAAUAACAACGGCAACGGCAACUCUACCGGAAACGUGACGUACCGGUUGCAACAACAACAACAACAACAACAACAGCAGCAACUGCAGCGGUUUCGAUACGCGCAAGGGGUUGACCGGAACGCCGUCGAUGUGACCGACUUCCGGUCGCGGAGCGUCAGUCCCGGAUCGUUCGACCGGGACGUUAACGCCAAUUAUGGCAGCGUCGAACGUCGAAUGGGCAGCCCUUGUUCGCUGUUGUCAUCGUCGUCGACGUCGUCGCUGUUACCAUCGCCGUCGGGCAGACGGUCCGCUCCCAUUAUACCGUACUCGCAGUAUUAUAACAACAGAAACGGAGGUGGUGGUCAGCAGCAGCAAAGGAUGUUGCUCAUGCCGGUCGGCGCGCAAGUCAAGAUCACCGCACCGCCGUUGUCAAACACCGCGGUAUACGCGGCCGCUGUCCGCCAACAUCGACUGCAACAACAUCAACAACAACAUCAACAACAACAACAACAACAACAACAACAACAAAAACAACAACAACAACUACAACAACAACAGCACCAGCAGCAACAGAAACAGAAUCAACAACAGGCCAUCUACGGCAACGUAGAGGCYGGCGCCACUGGCUCUUUUGUACGGGGGUCCCCGCACCGUGCCACCAUCGGGUGCGUCCGGGAAUCGCCSGGCCGACAGUCUACCAUUUACGAGACUGAAGAGGAUGUCGUUGCGGCUGGUGAGAAGAGGUUUCAGCCGAUUUUCAAGAGGGGCACCCUGCAAGAGCCCGUAGCUGACCCGUCAGCAACUGCUGCCGGACAGACACUGUCACCGUCGUCGUCAUCCGGCUGCAGCCCGAAGAGGGUGAGUUUUUCACCGGGGCCGUCCGAACCGCCCGCGUACUGGCCGACCAAGAAAGGCCUAUCUCCGCAACCACCUACCCGCCAACGGACGACCGAUUCGUCGAUGGCCGCGGAAAGGCCACUACCGCUCGUGCCCAAACGUAGCCCGUCCACGUCAGCCAUUUACGGCACGCUACAGCAGCGAGGCGGUCAACAGCGACCGCACCAGCAGCAGCAGCCGCAAACAAACCGGUGGUGGCCACCGCCGUCGCCGUCUCCGCUGCACCAGCACUACCAACAGUCMGGCAGCGAGUCCGGUAGCGAGGCCGGAGAGGUGCAACGAAUACUCAAUGUCAAGAACGGUCAUCGGCUGGUCAUCGACGAUGAUUGGAGUGGAGACGGUAAAACCAGAGGGGUUGCUGAACAAGCUGGUGAUGAUCUCCGUCGCGGUCGAACAUCGAGGAGAGACGAUCCCCGGCGGCACACUCUGUCCGGCGAUCAACAUCACAACUAUCAACCGGCCCUGACGAGGUCCAUGGACUUGGAGAUGGGAACGAAAAUGCAACGGAAAAAAUCUCCAGCGUCUAGAGGAGGAUAUCCACCGGCUACUGGGAUGCUGUUUGAUGACGAUCCAGGCAUAAUGUCCGAAGUGGAAACUAGUUCUACUGGGUUCCGAAGAGGUAAUAAGCAGAGGAGCUCAUUGCCGGUCGUUAGAACCCCAUCGAAAACUCUAGAGCGACCAUUGGGUAAGUGA